AUUCAUUUCAGCAAGAUAAUACCACUUCUACUAAACAUAAAACCUCUCUUUCCAUAUAUUAUUUUCUCUAUAGGACAUCUCCCUUUCUCUACCUAAUAAAACAUAUACUCAUAGUAUCACAAUGAAAACCGUUGACGACACCGCCCGCGAAACCGCCCAAGAAAUGGGCUACAAAGAGCCCGCGUCCACGACCGACAGCUCGAACGGGAACUCGAUGAUGACCCCCCAGAACUCACUGAAUGAUAUGGCGCAAUCGGGUGUCAAGGAGAUGAAGAAUAUGUUUGAUGGAGUGGCGUCGGCGCCGGCGCCGGGGGAUUUCUUGAAUAGUACGUGGGAACAUGUAAGGUCGUUGAUGGGUGGGGGUGGUGGUGAUGGGGAGGACAAUGGGAAUGGGGAAGGUGUAGAUGGUGUCGUUGAGCCGGCGGAUGCGGAUGAGAUUCGGUGUAUUGAGAAUUUGGAGAGGGAGAAGAUUAUUCAGUUUUUGCAGGAGAGGCAUAUGAGUAUGAAUAAUAUGGGGAGGGGGAAGAAGGUAUAACCGGGGGAGUGCUAGAUUCGGGUCGGAUGGAUAAAAUAAUAUGUGAUGUUGGGACAUUCAUGCAUACGUGAAGCUUGCUUCUGAUCAAAGUGAAUUCUGUAGCUGUCAAAGUAGUACUCUUAC